AUGAUGUGCGAAGGACCCGGGGCUGACACGGCCGACCACCCCGGCAGGUUCUCAGGAGGAGAUAGCUUGAGCACAAGCAGGGCGCGGCCUCACGCGGUCACAACCUCGCAUGAUCGACAGGAUUGGCAGACGUGCGGAAGAAAACGAGUGAGCCUGCUGUCUCAGAACGAUACGUGGUGCGGGGGCUCCGUGGCGAUGCUCCUGUCAUGCCAUAAGAAAUGGGGAAAACGCAGCGGCGUCCUGAGUGGCGGUGCAUCAGACGGUCUCACAGUCGACUCGACGUCGCGCCACAUGCACGUGCGACCUGUCCUGUGUCUGGGUGCCUGGCGGCGCGUAGUGACCGCAGCCCCGAAUCAGCUGGCGCAGAACCAACCGUGGAUCGUGGGGGUCCUCGCGGAUGUCUCAGAUGCACGUCGGACCGAUGGAGACAGCACUGAGCCGUCUGACUGUAGCAGACUCUGGUAG